AUGGGCCUCCUGAAGGUUGGAAAGCCUUUACAUUGGAACGACUCCCUGGAGCAUUGCCACUACAUCCGUCGUCAUGGGGUUCUUCAGUUCAUGGCCAACUACAGACGUCUACGCCAUUUGGCAAAUGAUCGCCUCUUCUAUGGUGACGAGAUCGAGUACGCAUUGUUGAAGAUUGACCCUGUCAGCAAGAGAGUGCAAUUGAGUUUGCGGGGACCUGAGGUCAUGGAGGGCUUGCGGAAACAGGAGCAGGACAUGAACGCCUUUCGAGGUUGUGCUUGGCAUCAAGAAUACGGUAGCUGGAUGCUCGAGGGUACUCCCAGCCUUCCAUAUGGUGGCUACACUAUGAGUCUUGUGAGUGUCGAGCAGAAUAUGCGGUUGCGCCGGGGAAGGCUGCUUUCUGUCUUGCGGGAGGACGAGAUUGCUCCGACCCUGGUGACCUUCCCAUUGAUGGGCGUCGGAGAUUUCGUAGAUCCCUCAGCUCCACCAGGUGGCGAGGCAUCCGAGUCGGAGUUCGUCCCGGACACUUGCAUCAACCCACAUCCAAGGUUCGCGACACUCACUGGCAAUAUCCGCCGACGAAGAGGCAGCAAGGUGGACAUUCGCGUCCCGCUCUUCAAGGAUGUGAACACGAAGGAGUUCGAAAAAGAGGCUGCGCCAGACAUCCACAUGGAUUGCAUGGCCUUCGGCAUGGGCUGCUGCUGCCUUCAAGUCACAUUUCAGGCCAGCGACAUCGAGGAGUCGCGGCUCCUUUAUGAUCAGCUUGCGGUGCUCGCCCCAAUCAUGAUGGCGCUCACAGCUGCAACGCCCGUAGUGAAGGGCCGACUGGCAGCCACUGACGUGCGGUGGAACAUCAUCAGCCAGUCAGUAGAUGACCGCACACCGGCUGAGCGCGGCGAGGGCGAGUCCAAACCGGAGCCACGUAUGGCAGGGGAUGGUACUCGCAGGCAAACCAAGAGUCGGUAUGACUCUAUCUCCUGCUACAUCCACCCCGGCUCAAAAGCUUACAACGACAUCGCUUGUGAGAUCGAUGAAGAGACAGAGAAAAUGCUUUAUCAGGAAGGAGUUGAUGAAGCACUGUCCAAGCAUAUCUCUCAUCUCUUCACUCGCGAUCCACUUGUGGUCUUCGACGGCCAUGUGGAGCUGGAUGAUGACCAGUCAACCGAUCAUUUCGAGAGCAUUCAAUCGACAAACUGGCAGACGGUACGGUGGAAGCCUCCGCCAAUCCCAAGCAAUGCUUGCUCUCCCCACAUUGGCUGGCGGACAGAGUUCCGGUCAAUGGAGGUGCAGAUGACAGAUUUCGAGAAUGCAGCUUUCACUGCCUUCAUCGUCAUCGUUACUCGAGCAAUUCUAGUCUUCAACUUGACCCUGCUUUGCCCGUUGUCAUUGGUAGAUGAGAACAUGAAGCGCGCUCACGGAGUUGAUUCUGUCCGUCGAAGCAAGUUCUGGUUCCGGAAACACAUUCUGCCCGAUGACACCGACGACGUGAUGCAGCAGCUCUGUCCACAGCAAGGGCCCAAGGCAGAAUCCAAGUCUAGUUUCGAGGAGAUGACCAUGGACGAGAUCAUGAACGGCAAGAGCUGCUACUUCCCCGGACUCGUGCCCUUGUGUUAUGCCUACUUGGAGCACAUUGGUUGUGACGAGAAUUCUUUCAAGAGGCUGGACCAGUACCUGAAACUCAUCAAGGACAGGGCAACUGGAGAGCUGAUGACUCCCGCGACUUGGAUGCGAAGCUUCGUUCACGCCCACAAAGAUUACAAAAUGGAUUCCGUAGUCUCCGAGACCAUCGCUUACGAUCUCGUCCAUGCUUGCAGUGAUAUCGGUCUAGGAAAACGGCCUUGCCCCGAGCUGCUUGGAGAGGUCCAAAUCGAGCCGGUCUUGAAGGAGGGCCACUACGAGACCCCACUCUUCGGGGAGAAGCUUGGCCCAGAAGAUCGACGAGGCCUGCUUCAGAAGAUCAUGUCUCGAGCUGCCCAAUGUGAUGGGACCUUUUCUGCUCCUUCCAGCGCUCAUAUGCGGCGCCAGAGUAGCGGUGCAGUUUCCGGCCUGGAUGCGGUAAGCAGACAGGGCAGCAUAGAAAUUCGAGAACAUGGAGGCUACGUCGGCUAG